ACAUAUUUGUAGAGUUACGAUAAAUUUACGUCCGCAGAAAUCUUCAUCUCGCCCAAAUAAAAUCGUUUUUACAAUUUCAACAAGUUAAUUCAAGAUUGCUAUUAGUUUGAACAAAUAAAAAAUGAUCAACACAGGAAAACUAGCCGGAAGAACCUUGUUCAUUACGGGAGCAUCACGAGGUAUUGGAAAGGCGAUUGCAUUGAAAGCUGCUGCCGAUGGUGCAAAUAUUGUUGUAGCUGCAAAAACAGCUGACCCUCAUCCAAAACUUCCCGGGACUAUCUUCACAGCUGCCAAAGAGAUUGAAGCUGCUGGCGGAAAAGCUCUUCCAUGUGUCGUGGAUGUUCGUGACGAAGCUCAAGUGAGAUCAGCUGUUGAAUCAGCUGUUGCACAAUUCGGUGGAAUCGACAUUGUUGUUAACAAUGCAUCAGCAAUCAGUUUAACGCCUACAGCUGCCACUGAAAUGAAACGAUACGAUUUGAUGCAUCACAUAAACACUCGUGGAACAUUCCUCGUAUCAAAAGAGUGUUUACCUUAUCUUAAGAAGUCAAACCAUGCACAUAUUUUAAAUAUUUCACCACCACUUAACAUGAAACCUCAUUGGUUCGCCAAUCACGUUGCUUAUACAAUGGCAAAAUAUGGAAUGAGUAUGUGCGUGUUAGGAAUGGCUGAAGAAUUCAAACCAAUAAAUAUUGGAGUGAAUGCACUUUGGCCACAAACAGCGAUACAAACAGCUGCUAUGGAUAUGCUUGCUGGUCCCGAUAGUAACAAAUUCUCAAGAAAAUCUGAAAUCAUGGCCGAUGCUGCUUAUGCAAUUCUUAUCAAAGAGCCGAGAACAUGCACUGGAAACUUUUACAUUGAUGAAAAGAUUCUUAAAGAAUCUGGAAUCACUGACAUGAAGCAAUAUGCUUGUUUCCCAGAAAAUGAGGAUCAACUUAUGUUGGAUUUCUUCCUUGAUGCAGUUGUAGAUAAAGACGCUCCUUCGUCAUCAGGCAAUGCAGAAGGUGGAACAAUCGAAACAAUUUUCCAAAAAAUGGAGAAUCACAUUACACCGGAAGUCAUUGAAAAGACUGGCGCAACGUUCCAAUUUGAAGUAUUGGGUGAAGAAGCCGGCACUUGGUACAUAGAUUUAAAGAAUGCACCAGGAAAAGCUGGAAAAGGAAAACCAGAUUUUACUCCCGAUGCGACACUUACAAUGGAUUCGAAAGAUUUCUUCAACAUGCUCUCUGGGCAAUUGAAACCAGCAAAUGCCUUCUUAGGAGGAAAAUUAAAGAUCAGUGGUGACAUGAGAAAGGCCAUGAAAAUGGAAAAGCUUAUGAGUGCACUUAAAAACAAAGCGAAACUUUAACAACAUAAAAAUCGAGAAAAUUUUCAUGGUUUCGGGAAAUUUGGUCAUUGUGUGGUUGAUCGGGACAUGUUGCAGUUGUAUAAUCUAAAAGUUUCCUUUUCUUUCUUAAACGUACCUGUUGCUAAAUUGAUUUUUAAACAAAUGUAUCCACUUAUCUGUAAAAAUGCAUUUUUCAAUCAUAAUUUUGUAUGCUGAAAAAUGAAAAGUUUUCAAAUAAAAUUUUUAAAAAAUUAAUUUUUCCUUUUUUCAAA